AAGCUACUCCAUCAAAUUCAUAACUCUCUUCUACUCGUACUAAUAUCAACAAACACACAGUCCAUAUAGUUAUACAUGGAUAAAUUUCAAGACCAAGCAGCUUUGAGCUGUGAAUUAAGUAUCAAAAAAGCCAGAAACAUCGAAUUUAAUUCCACGGGGAGCUUGUUCGUAAGAUGCUACAUGUCUGCAGGAAACAAGAACAGAGUUCGAUUCCAGACAACAGAAGUAUCAUCAUCAAACAUGGCGUGGAACCAAUCUUUCUCUUUAGAUUGUCUCGGAACUAUAGAGUCUAUGAGCAGCAUGCUAUUUAAAGGUACCGUGAUCUUCGAGCUUAGAUGGAGGAGCAAUAUUUCAAUUUUCGGAAGAAAAAGAAAGUCACAACUCCUAGCAAAAGCUGAGGUCCCAUGGAGAACUGUUUACGAGUCAUCGACGAUGGAUACUGAGAACUGGAUUGUAAUGAAUUCGAGAAAGAGCUUAGCUGACGGUGUGAAGCCUCCUGCUGUGCAAAUCGGAAUCAAACUUGGCGGGGCUCUGCCAGCAAUCCCAAAUGCCAUGACACAAAACAAAAGUUGUGGUGCUAGAUGUCAAUGUAGAAGUUGUGUUAACUGUGAAUUAUUUGCGCUGGAUGCUGCUUUGGAGUUCUUUUAGAAAAACAUAGGCUCCAUAGUUAGCAUAUAAGAUUAUAUACAAUGCAAUUAUUUAAUCCCUUAUUUAAUUGUUUUAAGAAAUUGUGAUUUCUUUCUUUCUCAAUAACUUUAAUGAAAUCAUGCAGUUACAUAACUGAGAGUCUGAUACAUCAUCAAAACAACUCGU